AUUAGCCUUCCACCUAGUUGGCCCCCUCUUGGUUUUUAGUCCCUCUCCCUCUCCCUCUCGUUCCAUCAUCACUCACUCACUCUGUCUCUCACACAUUUCAACUUCCACAACACAAAAAUGAAGCUCUUCAAUUGGGUUCAUCGAAAGUUUCAUCACAAAGAUGGGAAGAAGGAAGAGCUGGCCAUGGUUACCAUUGAAACAGAGAAACAAGUGCUACUUGAAAAUGUCCCCCUCGCAGACGUCCUCGUUGAUGGUUGGAGAGAUGGUAUUCUCACCAUUGGUACAUUUGGUUUCGAUCCUUUGAGUGAUUUCAAUCAAAAAAAUGAAUGCCCUGUAGUUGAAGAAGAAGAAGAAGAAGAAGAAGAAGAAGAAUGUGAGGAGGAAGAAGAAGAAGAUUAUGAAUUUGUUAAUGAAUUAGGCGACGAGGACAUGAAAGAAUGUGAUGAAGAAGAGCUUAAUCCGCUGGUAUUCACAGCAUUUCGCUCAAACUACAAUGAAAAUGCUCUGAAAGAUGAUCUGAGAAUGGUUCGUGAACUUGGUUUUGGCGCGAACGAGUUGGAGGAUGAGAAGAGGAACAAGAAGAGAGAGAGAACGACACUUGCAGAUUUGUUCUCAGCUGAUUCUGAUGAUCUGAAUAACGCAAAGCGAGAUCGAAGCAAGAUCAAGCCAGAAUCUAAGAAGAAGGCUGAUGAUGAUGUUCAUGCAAAAAAGAAAGGCCUCUCGUUUGCUAAGAAGCUCAUUCCUCGUGUUGGAGAUGAUACUCGUCCCAUCAAGAAACUGCACCAACUGAUGAGAAGGAUGCUGAAGAGGAAGAUCCAUCCAGACCUUGAAGGAAAAUUUCAAAAGAUCGAUAGUCAGAUUAAGCCUACCGUAUGCGGACUUUUUGCUGAAGAACAUGGAGCCAAUGAAUCGGUUUCUCUCCUUCAAACUAAAGAUGCUGUGGUGUGAGGUGUGAGAAGUGUUGAACUGGUUUCUUAGGAAUGUAUUCUGAUGAUGAUUGUCAUGAAAUAAUUUUCCUUUUAAGGUUUGUCUAUUAAUUUAUUAGAUUUCAUGUAGAUGAACCAUUGAACUAGCUAUGUGAAUUUAUUUUGUACUUCUUUGGAUGUGGAUUUGGCAUUUGUUGUGUGGUGAAAGGCUUUGGCUGUGAUGAACAUCACAGGCUUCGAUUGAUUA